AUGUCGAAUUUGUCAAAGCUUGAAUUUGUGGCACUUGACAUUUCUGGAAAGAACUAUUUGUCAUGGGUACUUGAUGCUAAAAUUCACCUUACCGCUAAGGGUCUUGGUGAUUGUAUAAUCGAAGGAAAUAAGGCAUCAAGUCAUGAUAAAGCGAAAGCUAUGAUUUUCCUUCGUCAUCAUCUUGAUGAAAGCCUGAAGAAUAACUUCCCAAUUGAAAUAUGUGGGGAAACUAUAAAAGAUGAGGACUUGUUGAAAAAGACACUAACUACUUUCCAUGCCUCUAAUAUGAUAUUACAACAACAAUAUCGUGAAAAAGGUUUUCAGAAAUACUCUGAAAUGAUCUCGUGCCUUUUGGUGACUGAGCAACAUAAUGACCUUUUAAUGAAAAAUCAUGAAGCCCGUCCCGCUGGAAGUGCUCUAUUGCCGGAGGCACACGGGGUAGAAGCACACAACCAGAAAGGAAAUAAAGGUGGUGCCUCAUCUUCUAAUGCUCGGGUGGAGUCAUAUUUGACUCUCAAAGAUGAUGUUCAAGCAAGAUCUUCUCAAAAAUAUGAUGAGAGUGUUGAGGCAAACUUAGCAUUGAAAGAUGAUGUUUUUGAUGGGCUCAAUGAUAUUACUCAUCUAGAAGCUGAGGACUUCUUUGGGGAUCGCAAUUGA